AUAAAUUUAAAAUUCAGUUAGUAUCAAACUUUGGUCGUGUGAGGAUCUAAAAUUUAUAAAUUAAUCGAAUUUUUGAUAAGAUUGUUUAGUAAACAAAAGAAAAGAAUACAAAAAAAAAGCAAAUAAUCAUGGAGCUAAACAAUCGUCUUCUCUUGAAAGUCAUCGAAUUGGGACUUUGCAUUGCAUCUGUGAUUUUCUCAGAAGUCGUUGGAGGUAGUUUUACUGGCAGACCAGUCAUUGUUUAUGGUACAAUUGCUGGCUAUACUGUUAUUUGUGCAGUUCUAUUAGCUGGUCACAUUUUGAAUUCAACCAUUGAGAAGCGUAUCAAUGCUCUAUUCUCACUCAUUGGAUGCAUUUUGUUCAUUGUAUCUGGUGCUUUGGUCAUUGAUGAAUGGCAUGAUAGUCCUGAUAUUUUAUACAAAGAAACAAAACGUAAUGCCUUAGCUGCUGGAUCAUUGAUGAUUAUUAAUGGAGCUGUCUUCCUUUUGGAUACUUUGUCCAUUUGCAAGUCAUAAAACAAAAAAAAUAUUGAAUACUCUCAUUUAUAAAAAAAAAUGAAGUUUUAUAUUAAGAAUGAACAAAUUUUAUAUAUUUAUAUGUAUUGUGUACCUAAGUGUAAAAAUAAAAAAAUAUGAAAAAAAAAACAACUUACAAACAAAUUAACUAAGAACAAUCCAAAGUUAAAAUACUAUAGAAACA